GGGAAAGUAGGGAAGCGGAAGUGCGUGUACAGCGGAUGUAGAGUGGACCAAUCAGAGCCCUCUUGUCUGCGACGCUGUCUGCGAGGGUUCUGCGGUGGUCACAAUUUUUGGGAGGUGCGCGCAGAGCGUCUGCGAAGGUGGGGGGGCUACGCAGACACUGUCUGCGACACCGUGUGCGAGGACUGGGUUGUCAGCAUAAAUUGGCCUUAACAGCGAGGGCCUUUCUGUGUGGAGUUUGCAUGGGUUUCCCUCACAGUCCAAAGACAUGCUAAUUGGUGGGCCUAAAUUGACCGUAGGUGUGAAUCAGUCCUGCUUGUCCAGGGUGUACCCCGCCUCUCACCCAUAGUCAGCUGGGAUAGGCUCCAGCUUGUCCGCGACCCUGUAGAACAGGAUCAACGGCUACAGAUAGUGGAUGGAUGGUUUCUCAUAAUACUGACUUACUCAGUUAUAACUUUCUAGAAAAUGUUCUCACUUAUGAAAUAAUCAGUCAUAAUUAAGAGAUGCAUUCUCAUUAUGACAUACUAUUACCCUUUUGUGACCAACAGGGAACAGGUUCCUGAACCGGUUCCGUUCAGGACUUCUUGAACCUUGGUGCCACAUGCUGACCAGUUUUUUUUGAACCGUUGCAAUCAAGGACGCGUCAUGAACGGGGGGCGUUGCAAACUGCGGCACGGAGGUGUAGUGGUUAACACUGUCGUCUCACAGCAAGAAGGUUCUGGGUUCAAGCCCAGUGGCUGACGGGGGGCCUUUCUGUGUGGAGUUUGUAUGUUCUCCCCGUGUCUGCGUGGGUUUCCUUUGGGUGCUCCAGUUUCCCCCACAGUCCAAAGACGUGCAGUUAGGUUAACAUGGGGCGGCCUUGGGCUGAGGUGCCCUUGAGCAAGGUACCUAACCCCUAACUCCUCCCCGGGCGCUGUAGUAUAGCUGCCCACUGCUCUGUGUGUGUGUGUGUGUGUGUGUGUGUGUGUUCACUGCUUCAGAUGGGUUAAGUGCAGAGGAUGAAUUUCACUGUGCUUGAGUGUGCGUGUGACAAAUAAUGACGAAGACUUCUUCAGUAGCAGCAAGAUGGCGGUGCACAUUGAUUACCUGUCUUGUCCUAAAUAUGAAGUACAUCUUGGUCACUGGUGGUGUUAUAUCUGGAAUUGGUAAAGGCAUUAUUGCCAGCAGUGUGGGAACAAUCCUCAAAUCCUGCGGCCUCCAUGUCACGGCUAUCAAGAUCGAUCCUUACAUUAAUAUUGACGCAGGCACAUUCUCUCCCUACGAGCACGGUGAAGUGUUUGUGUUGGAUGAUGGUGGUGAAGUUGAUCUGGAUUUGGGAAACUAUGAACGCUUUCUGGAUAUCCGGCUAACCAAAGACAACAACCUGACUACUGGGAAGGUUUAUCAGUCUGUUAUCACAAAAGAGAGGAGAGGAGAUUAUCUUGGCAAAACAGUGCAAGUGGUACCACACAUCACCGAUGCCAUUCAGGAAUGGGUUAUGCGGCAAGCCAAAGUGUCAGUGGAUGAGGAUGGGGUUGAGCCGCAAGUCUGUGUCAUCGAGUUAGGAGGCACCGUGGGAGACAUUGAAAGCAUGCCUUUCAUAGAAGCCUUCAGGCAGUUCCAGUUCAAAGUAAAACGAGAGAACUUCUGCAACAUUCAUGUCAGUCUUGUUCCUCAGCCCAGUACUACAGGAGAGCAAAAGACUAAACCGACACAAAACAGCGUGCGAGAGCUCCGUGGUCUGGGCCUGUCACCUGAUCUGAUCAUGUGCCGUUGUUCUAAACCUCUGGAAACUGCAGUGAAAGAGAAGAUCUCUAUGUUUUGUCACGUAGAGCCAGAGCAGGUCAUCUGUAUACGUGAUGUGUCCUCAGUGUAUAAAGUUCCAGUGCUCAUGGAGAAUCAGGGAAUGGUGGAUUUUUUUUGCAGACGGCUGAACCUGCCCAUUGAGACAAAACCCUGCAGGAUGCUUACCAAGUGGAAAGAAAUGUCACAUAGAACUGACCGCCUUUUGGAAAGCACAUCGAUCGCAUUAGUUGGGAAGUACACCAAAUUUUCAGACUCCUACGCAUCAGUGAUUAAAGCACUGGAACAUUCUGCCCUCGCAAUCAACUACAAGCUCGAGGUGAAAUUCAUAGACUCAGCAUGUCUGGAGCAGAGCACACAGCAGGAAGAACCAGUGAAGUAUCAUGAGGCCUGGCAGAAGCUCUGCAGUGCUGAUGGUGUUUUGGUACCAGGAGGAUUUGGGGUACGAGGCAUUGAGGGAAAGAUUCACGCUAUUAACUGGGCAAGGAAAAAGAAAAAGCCCUUUUUAGGUGUUUGUCUGGGCAUGCAGCUCGCUGUGUGUGAAUUUGCUCGCAAUGUGCUUGGCUGGGAAGAUGCCAACUCCACUGAAUUUGAUCCUGACACAAAGUACCCAGUAGUGAUUGAAAUGCCAGAACAUAAUCCAGGACAAAUGGGUGGCACUAUGAGACUGGGGAAAAGACGAACCAUCUUCAAAAGCACCUCAAGUAUUCUCAGAAAAUUGUAUGGAGAUGUUGAAUAUGUUGAUGAAAGACACAGACAUCGUUUUGAGGUGAAUCCAGAGCUAAAGCAUCACUUGGAGGAAAAAGGCCUCCGCUUUGUGGGCCAGGACCAGGAAGGUGAACGAAUGGAAAUCGUUGAAAUGGAAGAUCACGCUUACUUCGUGGGAGUGCAGUACCAUCCAGAGUUCACCUCUCGCCCCAUUAAGCCUUCACCCCCCUACCUUGGCCUGCUUUUAGCAGCUGCAGGAAAACUACAGAGCUACCUGCUGAAAGGGUGCAGACUUUCACCACGAGACACAUACAGUGACCACAGUGGCAGUAGUUCUCCAGAUUUGGAGCUGUCACAUUGAACUCGAAUUCCCAUCAACCUCAUAGAAGGGAUAUGCUCAGACACCGUGGACAUGCACAAGGGGAAAUUAAACGUUUCUUACUUUUAUCUUCACCUGAAGAUAAAAUCCUGGCACCCUGUCUGAGAACCAUCAUAAUGUAAUACAGUUUCUGAUUUCAAUUGUACUACUGAUCAUUUUGUAUGAGAGUGGAAGAGACCUGUUUCCUUUUAACAGUGUUAAUAUUUUAAGCCAUCACUACAACAACACAAAGUGAAUUAAUGGACAAUAUUUAAAUGACCAUUUAUAGACCUCUGGGAUCUAAAGAAAUGUUUAUAUGUGUAUAAACAUAUAUUUUGCACACGUGGAAAGAUAUCACAAAUAGUCAGUGAUGUAAUAAUACAUGUUACAGCUUUUGCAUAAACAGUACAAAUGUUUAUAUUGUCAUAAUAAACUGGAAUUGGUGCUCUAAGCCCCAUUUUAAGGAC